AAGCAGUUUAAAAGUGCUAUGAUAAGAUAUGUUGUAUAUCACAAAAGAGAUAUAGUGUUUGUCAAGAAUGAACCCCUAAGAGUCAGACUGAAAUGUGCCCCCAAUUGCCCUUUUGCCUCUACUGGUAGUUGGGAAGAUCACUACAAGUGCUUUCAACUUAAAGUUUGGAAUUCUGAGCAUCUGUGUAACUUGAAGUUCAAGCUUAGAAUAGUAAGUCAGAAUUGGAUUGCUGAGACCUAUGAGGAGAAGUUGACUGAAAAUCCCUCCAUGGGUGCUGCUGAGCUAAAAAAAAUGCUGAAGGAUGAUAAAAAGUUGAAUGUUUCAAUAAGUAUGGCAACCAGAGCUCUGAAAAUAAUGCAAGAUAAAACCCAGACAGCUUUUAAGGACCAAUUCAAGAAAGUUAGAAACUACGCUGAAGAAAUUCUAAAGGCAAUUCCUGGUAGUACUGUCAAAAUUAAGACUGAUAGAGUGGUACCUGAUGCUCCUAUGGUGUUCCAAAGGAUGUACAUGUGUUUGGGACCUGUGAAAAGGGCAUUCUUGGAAGGGUGUAGGAAGGUGAUUGGUUUAGAUGGUUGCUUCCUUAAAGGGCAUUUGAAGGGAGAAAUUUUAAGUGCUGUAGGAAGAGAUGGCAAUAAUCAGAUGUAUCCAAUUGCUUGGGCAGUAGUAGAGAUAGAAAAUACAUCUUCAUGGACUUGGUUUUUAGAGCUUUUGAGGGAUGAUCUAGAGAUAACUUACCCUGCUGAAUGGACAAUUAUUAGUGACCAACAGAAAGGUCUGUGCAAUGUCAUUAGUAGAGUUCUACCUGAGGCUGAGCACAGGAACUGUGCGAGGCAUAUACAUGCCAAUUGGGCAAAAAAGCAUAGUGGAAUGGUGCUUAAGAAGUUGUUCUGGCAGUGUGCCAAGUCCACUUCAGAAGGACAAUUGCAGUCAGCUUUGGAUGAGUUAGAUAAGCUUGACACACAAGCUGGUGCUGAUUUACGCAGGCAUCCAUUCAAGCUUUGGUGCAAGGCUUAUUUUAGGACUGAGGUCAAAUGUGAUGCAGUAGAUAACAACUUAUCUGAAGCAUUCAAUAGUACUCUGGUUCAUCUUAGAGUCAAACCACUUAUACCAAUGCUUGAGGGAAUUAGAGUGGCAAUGAUGAAAAGAAUAGCUAAGAAAAGGAAGUAUGUGAGGAGGUGGCCUGGUGCAUUUGGUCCACUCAUUAUGAAGAAACUGAACAAAAAUAUUAUAGCUGGUCAGGGAUGGCAUGUUGAUUACAAUGGUGAUGAUGGCUAUGAGAUUAAAAAGGGGAGGUUCCAAUACAAGGUCAGCCUGAACACAAGAUCUUGUGCAUGCAGAAGAUGGGAUCUUUGUGGUAUUCCCUAUGCACAUGCCAUAUGUGCAAUCCUGGAUAAAGGGGAUGAACCUGAAAGCUAUGUACACUCAUGCUACAGUAAGGAUCUCUAUGAAAAGACAUAUUCCUACACGCUGCCACCAAUUAAUGGGGAGUUACUGUGGCCUAGAACCCAACAUGAAGAAAUGCAUCCUCCCAUUCCCAAGAAAAUGACUGGCCGUCCCAAGAAGAAAAGAGUGAGAGAAGAAACUGAAGGCCAUCCACCAUCAAUGACUCAACUCACAAGGAAAGGAAGAAUCAUGAAGUGUUCAAACUGUCAAGGGGAAGGUCACAAUAGGAAAUCUUGUAAAAUAUCUUCUGAUAGUGGCACAGAACCAAAUGAAGGCCAUACAAUGCCGAGUGAAAGUGGAAUAGGUCAAAGGGGUAGACCUAAGAGGGGUGGAAGAGGGGGUUUAAAAAGGAAGAGAGGAGAGACUCACACACAGGAGAGGGGUAGUCUUGAAACUGGGACAGUUCAGGAGGGCAGUGUACAAAGUGGAAGUGCUCAGAGGGUGGGAGUUGAAAAGGGCAAAGGGCAGAGGGGGAGAGGGAAGAGGGGAGGAGGUAAUAGGGGUAAAGGAGAAAGGGGCUUUGGGGUUUUUUUUUAUGAAAGUACAGGGAUGGCUAUAUUGGAACCUGGACAAAGAGGAGAAACAUUGCUUAGUGGAGGUGGAGGAGAGGAAGCUGCAUGACUUGGAAUAGGGUCUUGGAAGAUUCAGCUAUUAACAGUCGUUUUUGGAUAAACAUUUCCUAUGAUGUAAUGUUGGUCAUCAUUUAGUAGUAGUGUAGUUAGUUAAAAACUUAUCUUAUCAUGUAAUGGUGUUUAUUACUGCAAAAACUUGGGCUAUCUGCAGUCUUUUGGUGCCUUCAAUGGUAUUUAUGAUGUAC